AUGACUGAGCGGAAGGCAAAGGAUCCCCGGGCUCCCCACGUGGCGGGCAGAGCGCCCUCCCCAACCCAGGUCGGAUCCCCUCUGCUGGGACGCCGGGACACAGGCCCCUUUCAGGCGAGCGAGAUCUCGGACGCGUCACCUACUGCCUCGGUCAUACCCCUCUCCCUGGACGGGCUGCUCUUCCCUCGGCCCUGCCAGGGUCAGGACCCAGACGGGAAGACUCAGGACCAGCAGUCGCUGUCAGACGUGGAGGGGGCGUAUUCCAGAGUUGAAGCCACAGAGGGUGCUGGAGGUGGCACCUCUAGACCCCCAGAAAAGGACAGCGGACUGCUGGACAGUGUCUUGGACACGCUACUGGCGCCCUCGGGUCCUGGGCAGAGCCACGCCAGCCCGCCCGUCUGCGAGGCCACCAGCCCUUGGUGCCUCUUUAGCCCCGAGCUUCCCCAAGACGCCCGGGCUGCCCCUGUCACCCAGGGGGUAUUGCCCCCGCUCAUGAGCCGACCAGAAGGCAAGUCUGGUGACAGCUCCGGGACGGCAGCUGCCCAGAAAGUGCUGCCCAGGGGCCUGGCACCGUCCCGGCAGCUGCUGCCCCCGACGGCCGGGAGCCAUCACUGGCCCGGGGCCGCAGUGAAGCCCUCUCCGCAGCCCCCUGUGGUGGAGGUGGAGGAGGAGGAUGGCUCCGAGUCCGAGGGCUCCGUGGGUCCACCUCUGAAGGGCAAACCCCGGCCUGCGGGAGGCCCAGCGGCCGGAGGAGGAGCCGCGACCGCUGCUCCAGGGUCGGCCGCAGGAGGCGUCGCCCUGGUCCCCAAGGAAGAUUCCCGCUUCACGGCGCCCAGGGUUGCCCUGGCGGAGCACGACGCGCCAGCGGCGCCCGGGCGCUCCCCGCUGGCCACUACGGUGAUGGAUUUUAUCCACGUGCCCAUCCUGCCGCUCAACUCAGCCUUCCUGGCCGCCCGCACCCGGCAGCUGCUAGAGGGGGAUAACUAUGACGGCGGGGCCGCGGCAGUCAGCGCCUUUGCCCCGCCGCGGGGCCCGCCCUCGGCCUCGUCCGCCCAGGUCGCGGCCGGCGACUUCCCCGACUGCGCGUACCAGCCCGACGCCGAGCCCAAGGACGACGCAUUCCCGCUCUAUGGAGACUUCCAGCCGCCCGCCCUGAAGAUCAAGGAGGAAGAGGAAGGCGCCGAGGCCGCCGCGCGCUCCCCGCGGCCGUACUUGGUGGCGGGUGCCAACCCCGCCGUCUUCCCGGAUUUCCCGCUGGCGCCACCCGCGCUGCCUACGAGAGCGCCGUCGUCAAGACCCGGGGAAGGGGCGGCCGCCGCCGCACCUGUCGGUGCGUCUGUCUCGUCCGCGUCCUCGUCUGGCUCGACCCUGGAGUGCAUCCUGUACAAGGCGGAGAGCGCGCCGCCCCAGCAGGGCGCGUUCGCCCCACCACCCUGCAAGGGGCCGGGCGCGGGCGCCUGCCUGCUGCCGCGGGACGGCCUGCCGUCCACCUCGGCCUCGGCCGCCGCCGCCGCCGCCGCCGCCGGGGCGGCCCCAGCGCUCUACCCGCCGCUCGGCCUCAACGGGCUCCCGCAGCUCGGCUACCAGGCCGCGGUGCUCAAGGAGGGCCUGCCGCAGGUCUACCAGCCCUAUCUCAACUACCUGAGGCCGGAUUCAGAAGCCAGCCAGAGCCCACAGUACAGCUUCGAGUCAUUACCUCAGAAGAUUUGUUUAAUCUGUGGGGAUGAAGCAUCAGGCUGUCAUUAUGGUGUCCUUACCUGUGGGAGCUGUAAGGUCUUCUUUAAAAGGGCAAUGGAAGGGCAGCAUAACUACUUAUGUGCUGGAAGAAACGACUGCAUUGUUGAUAAAAUCCGCAGAAAAAACUGCCCAGCAUGUCGCCUUAGAAAGUGCUGUCAGGCUGGCAUGGUUCUUGGAGGUCGAAAGUUUAAAAAGUUCAAUAAAGUUAGAGUUAUGAGAGCACUAGAUGCCGUUGCUCUCUCACAGCCGGUGGGCAUUCCAAAUGAAAGCCAAGCCCUAAGCCAGAGAAUCACUUUUUCACCAAAUCAAGACUUACAGUUGGUCCCCCCACUGAUCAACUUGCUCAUGAGCAUUGAACCAGAUGUGGUCUAUGCAGGACAUGACAACACCAAACCUGAUACCUCCAGUUCUUUGCUGACAAGUCUGAAUCAGCUAGGCGAGAGACAACUUCUUUCAGUAGUCAAGUGGUCUAAGUUACUGCCAGGUUUUCGAAACUUACAUAUUGAUGACCAGAUAACUCUCAUCCAGUAUUCUUGGAUGAGCUUAAUGGUAUUUGGACUAGGAUGGAGAUCUUAUAAGCAUGUCAGUGGACAGAUGCUGUAUUUUGCACCUGAUCUAAUACUAAAUGAACAGCGGAUGAAGGAAUCAUCAUUCUAUUCAUUAUGCCUUACCAUGUGGCAGAUCCCACAGGAGUUUGUGAAGCUUCAAGUUAGCCAAGAAGAGUUCCUCUGUAUGAAAGUAUUGCUACUUCUUAAUACAAUUCCUUUGGAAGGACUAAGAAGUCAAAGCCAGUUUGAAGAGAUGAGAUCAAGCUACAUUAGAGAGCUCAUCAAGGCAAUUGGUUUGAGGCAAAAAGGAGUUGUCCCUAGCUCACAGCGUUUCUACCAACUUACAAAACUUCUUGAUAACUUGCAUGAUCUUGUCAAACAACUUCAUCUGUACUGCUUGAAUACAUUUAUCCAGUCCCGGGCACUGAGUGUUGAAUUUCCAGAAAUGAUGUCUGAGGUUAUUGCUGCACAAUUACCCAAGAUCUUGGCAGGGAUGGUGAAACCUCUUCUCUUUCAUAAAAAGUGAAUGCCGUUUUUAUCUUUAAAAAAUUAAAUUUUGUCUGUUUUUGUUUUGGUCAGGAUUAUGAGGUCUCGAGUUUUUACAAUGUUCUUCUCAAAGCCUUACAUUUAUAACAUAUCGUACUGUGUAAAUUUCAGAUAAAA